AUGAGGGAACAAAGGACAAAGGUUGAAACCGUGGAUAUACCUCCCAAGCUCGCAACGAUCGGAGUAUCUAUACUAGCUGAUGGUGAAGAUAUAGUUAUCACUGGACUGGAGUUCUACAGCGAAGACGGCUCCAGCAAGUCCCUCGGCUAUAAGACCCCAGGUGCCAAAACGCGAACAGAAACGGAGAUGGCCGCGCGAAUUCAACAUCGACAUCUAAGCGGCUAUUCAUCUAUGAGUGGAAAGAUGGAUCCCCAGCCGUUACAGGAUUUCUAUCGACCACCAGGCUUUCAUGUAUUGAUGGAUGCAAGAUCAUUGGGAGGGUUUGAGAUAACAAGGGCACCAAACGGCAUCUUCGAUCUUGCCUGCGCCGUCAGGGCCAACCAAUACAUUCCGGAGGUCAUCACCGGACACUGCAGAUGGCCAAGUUGA